UUUGUGUUGGAGAUGAUGGAGUCAGGGACGGGUUUUGCCAUCCGAAAACGGUAGCUUCUCCGUUCAAAUGAACUGUCAUUUGGCCUGUCAGUGUCAGUUUCGGGAAGGAGUUAUCCCCAUCCCCCGCUCAUGUUUGUUUGUUGGUUGGUUCCUUGGUUCUUGUCCGCGCGUUGAGUUGUUGUUGAGUAGAGUUCAGUGUUGGCCCCACGUGAUACCAUCACCAAAGCUUACCCCUCCUCAAUCUCACCUCCUUUUUUGAGUAGAGGGCUAUCUAUCUAUCUCCUCUCUCUUCUACACAUACUACAUUAUCGUUCACUGGAAAGAAAGAAAGACAAUAUGGCAGCAACUACCACCAUUACCGUCCCCCAUCUGGGCGGCAUCGACGUCGGCUACCGCCUCAGCAACAACAACACCUACGACCCCGCCAAGCCGACCGUAGUGCUCAUCAACUCCAUGUGCAUGACUGUUGCGCUCUACGAACCCCAAUUCAACGACGAGACUCUCACUAACGCGGCAAAUCUUCUCGCUGUUGAGCCUCUCGGUCAUGGUGCCACGCAUUGCCAUGUCGCGGAGCACUUUACUUACUGGGAUACGGCCAUCAUGGCGCUGCAGGUGAUGGAUAAGCUGGGUAUUGAGAAGGCGUUCACUCUGGGAACCAGCCAGGGUGGAUGGAUUGUUAUGCGAAUGGCGCUGUUGGCGCCGGAGAGGAUCCUCGGCGUCCUCCCUCUCGGCACAUCCAUGGACUACGAGUCCUCCGAUUCCAGAACCAAGGGCUGCUGGGAUCCCGUAACGCUGCUGACUCCAUUCCUGGAGAAAUGGAGCAGCGCGACACCCACCCCCGACUUUGUCGUGGAUGAUGUGUGGUGCGGCAUGGUUGGGGGCAUUGGCUUCGGAAAGGGCGCGACAGAAGAGACGGUCGGGUAUUGGAAGGAUGUCCUGAAGGAAGUAUACAAAGGCGAUGAAGGACGGAAGAAGGUGCGCAUGGCACUGAUGUGUCUGUUGACGAGGGAUGGGUUGGUGUUGAGGCUGGGAGAUGUGCAGUGUCCGAUUUAUUGGUUGCAGGGCACGGAAGAUACCCCUUUCCAGACUACGGUGGCAAGCGAGCAGAUCUCGAAGUUCACCAGGUCCAAGGAGGCAAAAUUGGUGCUGGUGCAAGACGGAGCGCAUUAUCUGAAUGCGACAAACCCGCGGGAAGUCAAUGCGGCGGUGUUGGAGAUGGUUCAGAAAUAUGGGGCGUAAGCGCGAUUCAACCUUAUCAACCCCCAUACUAGGUAGGACUCUGUGGAUCAGAGUUAUAUGUAGAUACGAAGAAUAUUCCUGUAUGGUCGGAUGUAUCUUGCGUGCCUGAACUAUGUAGUUCUAUCGAGUAAACUAAUCAACUAGUCAACCGGGAAGGAAUCCGA